AUGAUGGGCGGCCCCAACGGGCCAGUGCUGGGUGGGUUCGGCUCCACCACGGCCUCCCUGGACAUAGGCCUGUUCGGGGGUUGGGCUGCCUGGGCAGGGAACGCCUCUGUCAGCCUGAACCAGAGCCUCCACGGGGCUGACCCGGGCGCUGGCGCCAACCUCUCAGCGGAGACUCACGCCGUCUCCCGGGCGCCCAUCAAGGAGAAGAACUGGCCGGCACUGCUGAUCCUCGUUAUCAUCUUCCUCACCAUCGGCGGCAACAUCCUGGUCAUCCUGGCCGUAUCGCUGGAGAAGAAGCUGCAGAACGCCACCAACUUCUUCCUGCGCUCGCUGGCCGUGGCCGACAUGCUGGUGGGCAUCCUGGUCAUGCCCAUCUCGCUCAUCAACAUCCUAUACGAUUACGCCUGGCCCCUGCCCAACGCCCUCUGCCCCAUCUGGAUCUACCUGGACGUGCUCUUCUCCACGGCGUCCAUCAUGCACCUGUGCGCCAUCUCGCUGGACCGCUACGUGGCCAUCCGCAACCCCAUCGAGCACAGCCGCUUCAACUCCCGCACCAAGGCCAUGCUGAAGAUCGCCGCUGUCUGGACCAUCUCCAUAGGGAUCUCCAUGCCCAUCCCGGUGAUCGGCCUCCAUAACGAGGCGAAGGUGUUUGUGAAUGGCAGCUGCGUGCUGAACGAGGAGCGCUUUGUGCUGGUGGGCUCCUUCGUGGCCUUCUUCAUCCCGCUGGUCAUCAUGGUGGUCACGUACUGCCUGACUGUGCAGGUGCUCCAGCGCCAGGCCACCGUCUUCCUGUACGAGGGCAAGGCCGCCGCCUCCUCCCAGCAGGCCCUGCGCCCCGCCCCGCCCCCGCAGGCCCCGCCCCGGCGCAGCAGCCUCAACUGCCUGAAGGGGGACCCCUCUCGCACCACCUCACCCUCCGACAGCAUCUCCAUCAUCCCCAGCUCGGAGGUGCCCUCGCAGCUCAGCUCGCCGGCGGGGCGGGACCCGGGGGGCCACGGGAGGCGGGGCAUGAUGCAGGCCAUCAAGAACGAGAGGCGGGCCUCCAAGGUCCUGGGCGUGGUCUUCUUCCUCUUCCUGGUGAUGUGGUGCCCGUUCUUCAUCACCAACGUCAUGUACGUGCUGUGCCGCGGGGCGUGCAACGCGCCCCUGCUCGGCGAGCUGCUCAACGUCUUCGUGUGGGUCGGGUACAUCUCCUCGGGGGUCAACCCGCUGGUCUACACCCUCUUCAACAAGACCUACCGCCGCGCCUUCUCCAGCUACCUGCGCUGCCAGUACCGCGGGACGGGGCCCAAGCCCCUCCCCGCCCAGCCCCCCUGCCCGUCGCUGGCGGUCACGCCCACCCUGAUCUGCGGGAAGGAGGGUGUCGACCGCAACAGCAACUGCCGCAACGGCGACAGGAACCCGCCGAGGAGCCUGGAGCUGGACGACGCCGACGAGAUCCCCGGCAUGCACCCGGGCACGUCGGAGGUGUCCGUGGACAGCUGCCACACCCCCACGGAGCACACCAGCUGCGUGUGA